AACAACUCUCAACUUUAUGAUUAUUAACAUCUGUGGAUUCAGAGCCAUGUCAAAUAUUUGAGAUUUCCCAAUUCAUGGACUUUGGCUUCCUGUUUUGCCAUUUACUUUGGCAGGUCAAGAAAAGUUUGCAAAUCUUUACUGAGAUAGACUACGCAAUGGGAAUUGAAUAAAUUUUAUUUUUUCCCCAGUCUUCAUGCGUAAAAAUUGACCUGAAUCUUUUUAUAUGUUUUUUAGUCCUUGGCAAUCUGCUUACUUUUAUUUUGUUUAUGAGCCUUCUGAAAUCCUGCAUUCCCUAUGAACAGAGCAGGAGAAAGGAAUUUGUUCACAAUUCUUCAUUUGUCCAAAUUAGGUGUUUCUCUACGGCAGACUCUGGGUUGCUUAGCUUUAUUAGGAAAAAGAAAAAAAACCUUCAGUUCCAGUACAUUCUGCCCAUUUAGUAUACAUUAGUCAAAUAUGUCAUUGGCAGUUGGGUUUAAACAUCAGUAGUAAAAAAAAAACAAAAAACAAAAAAAAAACUAGCUAAAGAUUUCUCAUACACAUUUAAGCACUUUGGUUAGUGGUUGCUUUUACUUAUUUAUUGCUCUUUCCCCAUCUUGGUCUCAUCAUGUUCGACAGGCUAGUUCUGUUUUCCUUGUUUACCGUUUUACCCCUCAUCCCUGGAGUUGAAAGGCCAAGUGCACAAACACAGGGUUUGUUUUCUUCCCAGCCAACCACUGAACCAUCGUUUCCCUGCAAAUAAUUGGCUUAGGGAAGAAAAGGCAGAAAACAAAACAAGUUCAUUAUGUGCAGCUUGGUCUGACUACACACCCCCCCCCCCCCCUUCACAAAGCAGCCUGGGGAAGGCACCCAUGUAAGGAAAAAUGAAGAAGUAGAAAUAAGGAAAUUUUCAUUGUUGCUGUACACAAAAACAGAACUGUGCUUUGACAGUGUUUCCAGAGUAAUUUUCCAGACGAUGUUUCCAAAUACUCAUAUGUAUUGUAUUGAAGACCUAAUGAUAAAGUUUUCCAAUUUAUUCCCAACCAACUUGUACUGUGCACGUAGAACAGCAGGAUAAAGGAAAAUAGUAAAAUCUGCUUCUGUACUAGCUAAAUGAAUAUGAAACAGAAAAGUGUGUACCACCAAACUCAGGCGCUUCUGCACAAGAAUUUUCUUAAGAAAUGGAGAAUGAAAAGAGAGAGCUUAUUGGAAUGGAUAUUCCCAAUACUUCUGGGACUGUACCUGGGACUGUUUUCACACUUCAGAGAAAAGACAUAUUUUCCUGAAAUUCCUCCCCAAGCUCUGGGAAGGGCAGAUAACUUUAAUAACUCUAUAGGUGUUGUGUAUACACCCGUCUCUGAUAUAACACAGCAGAUAGUGAAUAAAACGACAUUUGCUCCCUUUGUGAAAGAAAGAAGACUCAUCGGAGUGCCAAAUCAAAAAUCCAUGGAUAAACUACUUUUAGACAGUUUUGCAGACCUGGUGGGAAUCAUCUUUAAUGACGCUUUCUCUUAUAAGCUAAAAUUUGUUCAGGGAUAUAACAUUCCAUUUUUGAAGGAAGAUCUUUUCACAGCUCAUUGUUGGAAUAUGCAUGGUGACUUUUCCUGUUCUCUGGCCAAAUACUGGAAUAGAGGAUUUGUGACUUUACAAACUGCCAUUGACGCUGCUAUCAUACAAAUCGCAACAAACCGCUCUGUGACAGAAGAGUUGAUGUCAGUUACUGCUAUAAAUAUGAAGACUUUACCUUUUAUUCAUAAAAACAUUCUUCAAAAGGAGAUGUUUAUUUUCUACUGCCUUCUUUACUUUUUUCCAUUGAUACACUUUAUAUCGCUCAACGUUACAAAAGAGAGGAAAAAAUGGAAGGAUUUGAUGAAAAUGAUGGGUCUACAAGAUUCAGCCUUCUGGCUCUCCUGGGGCUUAAUCUAUGCUGGCUUCAUCUUCAUUAUUUCCAUAAUCAUUACAGCUGUCAUAACAUCUACCCAAAUUAUAGUCAUGACAGGCUUCAUGGUCAUAUGUACACUCUUCUUCUUAUACGGCUUGUCCUUGAUAGCUUUAGUGUUCCUGAUGAGUGUGUUGCUAAAGAAAACGGUCCUCACCAAUUUGGUUAUGUUUCUCCUCAUUGUCUUCUGGGGGGGCGUGGGAUUCGCCGCAUAUUACAGACAACUCCCUUCCUCUCUGGAGUGGAUUUUGAGUAUCUGCAGCCCAUUUACCUUUACUGCUGGAUUGAGUAAGAUUAUCCACUUGGAUAGUACUAUGAACGGUGUAAUUUUUCCUGACCCUUCAGGAGACUCCUAUGUACUGAUAGCAACUUUUUCUGUAUUGGCUUUUGAUGCGCUUUUCUACCUGGCAUUGGCAUUAUAUUUUGACAAAAUCUUACCCUGUGGAAAUGAACGCCAUUACUCUCCAUUAUUUUUCCUGAACUCGUCUUGUUUCCAACACCAAAGGACUAAUAAUAAGGUCACUGAGAAAGAAAUAGAUCCUGAGCAUCCUUCUGAUGAUUGUUUCGAACCCGUAGCUCCAGAAUUCCAAGGAAAAGAAGCCAUCAGAAUCAAAAACGUCAAAAAAGAAUAUACAGGAAAGUCUGGAAAAACAGAAGCACUGAAAGACUUACUCCUUGACAUAUAUGAAGGGCAAAUCACAGCAAUUCUGGGUCAUAAUGGAGCUGGCAAAUCUUCAUUACUAAACAUCCUUAAUGGAUCGUCUGUUCCAACAGAAGGAUCAGUUACCAUCUAUAAUAAAAAUCCCUCUGAGACACAAGACUUGGAGGAAAUCAGAAAGAUGACUGGCGUGUGUCCUCAAUUCAAUGUUCAAUUUGACAUCCUCACGGUGAAGGAAAACCUCAGGCUGUUUGCUAAAAUAAAAGGGAUUCGGCCACAGGAGGUAGAACAAGAGGUACAAAGGAUUUUAUUAGAAUUGGACAUACAAAACAUUCAGGACAACCUCGCUGAACAUUUAAGCGAAGGACAGAAAAGAAAGCUGACCUUUGGGAUUGCCAUUUUAGGAGAUCCUCAAAUUUUGCUCUUAGAUGAGCCAACUGCUGGGUUGGAUCCCUUUUCAAGGCAUCGAAUGUGGAGCUUCCUCAAGGAGCACAAAGCAGGCCGUGUGAUCCUCUUGAGUACCAAUCUCAUGGAUGAGGCUGACAUCCUGGCUGAUAGAAAAGUGAUCAUGUCCAAUGGGAGACUGAAGUGUGCAGGAUCUUCUGUCUUUUUGAAGCGAAAAUGGGGUCUUGGAUAUCACUUAAGUUUGUACAGAAAUGAAAUAUGUGAUCCAGAAAAAAUAACAUCCUUCAUUAAUCAUUACAUCCCUGAUGCUAAAUUAAAAACAGAAAACAAAGAAAAGCUUGUGUAUACCUUGCCUGUGGAAAGGACAAAUAAAUUUCCAGACCUUUUCAGUGAUCUUGAUAAGUGUUGUGACCAGGGUGUGAUGAGUUAUGACGUUUCCACAUCAACUCUGAGUGACGUCUUCAUGAAACUGGAAGGAAAACCAACUAUCGAACAAGAUUUUGAACAAGCAGAGGUGAUAAGAGACACAGAAAGCCUACAUGACAUAGAGCCAGCUUGGUCUUCUCUCCCUGAAACGCGGAAGAAUAUGAGCGACUUGGGCCUCUGGAAAAUGCAGAUUUGCGCAAUAGCACGGCUCCGUUUCUUGAAGUUAAAACAUGGAAAGAAAGAGCUUUUGACCUUACUCUUGGUAUUUGGAAUUGCAGUGUUCCCGCUGGUUGUGGAAAAGAUACUUUAUGCCAUAUUAUUUCAAAAGAGUGAUUGGGAAUUUAAACCUGAGCUGUAUUUCCUCUCUCCUGGACAACCCCCCGAAGACCCUCGUACCAGCUUGUUGAUCAUCAAUAACACAGAGUCAAACAUUGAAGAUUUUAUACAGUCACUGAAGCAUCAGAAUAUACUUCUGGAAGUAGAUGACUUUGCAAACAGAAAUGGCACUGGUGACCUGUCAUACAAUGGAGCUAUCAUAGUUUCUGGUAAACAAAAGGAUUAUAGAUUUUCAGUUGUGUGCAAUACCUUGAGGCUGCACUGUUUUCCUAUUCUCGUGAAUAUUGUUAGCAACGGACUACUUCGAAUGUUUAAUUCUACACAAAAUAUUCGAAUUGAGAGAAGCCCAUAUCCUUUUAAUUACGUGUUAUUCUGGAUUGGGCUGCCAGAAGGUUCCAUGUUCUUAUUUUGGGUGGUGUGCAGCAUGUCCCCUUACAUCUCCAUGAGCAGUGUCAGCGAUUACAAAAGGAGAGCUAAGUCACAGCUAUGGAUCUCUGGCCUCUACCCUUCUGCCUACUGGUGUGGGCAGGCACUGGUGGAUAUUAGCCUCUUCGUUUUUCUUCUCCUUUCAAUGUAUUUAAUUUUCUACAUCGCAAACAUAACGAGCAUUUAUGUCACAAGUCGAAUUGUGUUUGCUCUGGCUGUGAUUACGCUUGGUUAUGCAGCUUCGCUGGUCUUCUUGACGUAUGUGAUAUCAUUUAUUUUUCGCAAGAGGAGAAAAAAUAGUGGCCUUUGGUCAUUUUGCUUCUUUAUCACCUCAACCAUUAUGUUUGACACCCUUGUAAUGAAUCACUUCAACUUACCUGUCUUGAUUUCCAGCAUGAUAUUAAUUCCCUCAUCCACCAUGGGUGAAUUUCUAGCUUUUUUGGCAGAGAGAGCCCAGGCGUACCAUUCAGACAAUCAGGACCGCCAUUUUGAUCUGAGUGGAGUUGAUCUUCUAGUAUGCCUAAUACCCUACUUUCAGACGUUGAUACUGGUGUUUCUCCUGAGAUGCAUGGAAGCGAAAUGGGGAAAGAAAAUAACGCGAAGGGAUCCUGUUUUCAGAAUUUCCCCCCAAAGUAGAGGUGCUCAACCCAAUCCAGAAGAACCUGGUGACGAGGAUGAAGAUGUGAAAGCAGAAAGAAUAAGAACAGCAACUGCCCUGGCCACUUCACUCUCAGAGGAGAAACCUGUCAUAAUUGCUAGCCGUCUCCACAAAGAGUAUGCAGGGCAGAAGAAAAGUUGCUUCUCAAAGAGAAAGAAGAAAAUAGCAGCAAGAAAUAUCUCCUUCUGUGUUAAAAAAGGUGAGAUUUUGGGACUGCUAGGACCUAACGGUGCCGGUAAAAGUUCAUCUAUUAGAAUGAUUUCUGGGAUCGCAAAGCCCACAGCUGGAGAGGUGGAGCUGAGAGGCUGGGGUCAUCAGGGAGACAGCAUGGUGGGCUUCCUGGGGUACUGUCCUCAGGAGAACGUGCUGUGGCCCUGCCUGACAGUGAGGGAACAUCUGGAGGUGUUCACUGCCAUCAAAGGGCUGAGGAAAGGGGACGCCACUGUUGCCAUCUCACGGCUGGUGGAUACUUUCACCCUGCGCGAACAGCUAAAUGUGCCGGUGCAGAAAUUGACGGCCGGAGCCACUCGAAAGUUGUGUUUUGUGCUGAGCAUCCUGGGAAAUUCGCCUAUCCUGCUUCUGGAUGAACCAUCGACGGGCAUGGAUCCAGGAGGGCAGCAGCAAAUGUGGCAGAUGAUCCAGGCAGCCAUUAAAAACACAGAGAAGGGGGCCCUGCUGACCACCCAUUACCUGGCUGAAGCAGAGGCCAUUUGUGACCGCAUCGCCAUCAUGGUGUCUGGAAGGCUGAGGUGCAUCGGCUCCAUCCAACACCUGAAAAACAAACUUGGCAAGGAUUACGUUCUAGAACUGAAAGUAAAGGAAUCGUCCCAGGUGACUUGGGUCCAAGCCGAGAUUCUGAAGCUCUUCCCACAGGCUGCACAGCAGGAAAGGUGUUCGUCCUUCUUGGCCUAUAAGAUACCUUUGGCGGAUGUGUACCCUCUAUCUCAGACCUUUCACAAAUUAGAGGCAGUGAAACAUAAAUUUAACCUGGAAGAAUACAGCCUCUCCCAGUGCACAUUGGAAAAGGUAUUUUUAGAGCUUUCUAAGGAACAGGAGCUGGGGAAUUUUGAAGAAGAAAUUGAUACAACCAUGAGAUGGGAACUCCUCUCUCCUUCAGACGACCCUUAAAAGCUCAAACCUAUUAAUUCUUUGUGUCAUAUAAGCUUAUGUUAUAUGUUAUAAUUGGCAGUAUGUAUAAUUUUAAAAAUCAUUAACAUCAAUAUCAGGUAUGUUUUGUAUGUUUAGUUAAUAAAUGAAUAAAUUUCAAAAUCAUUCUUCCUCUUAAAUUUAGGAAUGAUAGAAAAUCUGUGAUAAAGCCAAUACAAAGUAUUGAUAAAGUUACUUAAAGACCAGGUACCAGGUAUUGUGAAAAUAUGAUCACAAGUUUGGAAUUUUUUUGAAGUAUAACUUCAAACAUGGCAUAUAACUUUGAAAUACGACAUUUACUAAAAAAUUCCCUUGCUGAAAUAUGUGCUACACGCCCAUUUGGAAUGCAUGAGGUUUAUGGGUUUGUUGUAAAACACAAGUAAAACCCAAGAGUCUUCCUCUGAAAACUUUUCAGAAAUUGUUUUGAAAUUCACAGAGUGGGGAGUCCCUUGGACUCACAAAUGAACAAGCACGUACAUUGGAGAAGCAGUUCAAACAUACUUUUUGAAAAUAGGGGCAUCACAGCAUUUGUUCAGACUUUAAAAUUUUUGAAUAUGUUAUUUUGUGAUUAUGGGAGGUGUUGAUUUCUCACCAGCUCAUUAGCAGUUUUCGGUGUACAGUUGAUCCUUGAACAACAUGGGGAUUAGGGAUGCCAAACCCCUAUGUAGUCAAAAAUCUGCAUGUAACUUUUGACUUCCCUAAAACUUAACCACUAAUAACCUACUGUGGACUGGAAGCCUUCCCAAUACCAGAAACACAUAUUUUGUAUGUCAUGUUUCAUCUGCUGUGUUCUUGCAAUAAGUAAGCUAGAGAAUAGACAAUGUUAUAAGAAAAUCAUAAGGAAAAAUACAUAGUCUGUACUGUAUGAUAAAAAAUCCAUAUGUAAGUAAGCCUGCACAGUUAAAACCCAUGUAGUUCAAGGGCCAACUGUAUUUUCUGCUAUUUUAAAAUCACUUCCCUCUUACAUAUGUAUAUGUACAUGUGUUUCUAUCUGUAUACACACAUGCAUGUAUCAUUUUUAUUACUAAAUUUUAAAAAAUAUGUGUGUGCUUUACAUGUAAUUUUAUUUUUUUUCCUUAAGCAAUAGUUAUUUCAUUUUGAAUAUCACCAGAAAAUUUUUUGGAUACCAAGCAGUAUUCUUGAUGUCCUUUUUUUUUUUUUUUUUUUUUUUUUUUUUUGGUGAUGUUAUAUGACUUAAAACAAAUUGUGAUACUUGUUGAAGAACAUUUGCAUAACGGAGAAAAAUAUAGAAAUGGAAUAAAAUUGAAUAAAAGAAUCAGCACACUUUCUCCACACCAAAAAAAAACAAAAAUCAACUUCUUUCUUUAGUGAACUCUUUUACAGGGGUGGAAUCAUUAUAGUAUACAUAACUUCUUAAUUAAACAUAUAUGCAUAUUUGCUGAUAAAACAUUGGAAUUGUUUUAAUUUACUUUUAAACUUAUGGCGGAGUUCUAGCUUUCUAUGUUUGCAUUUUAUUUUGUGUUAAUUAUUUGUAUUAUUUGUUCAUUUACUCUUGUACUUUAAUCUUUUUCAUAUCCAUUUUGUAAACUUUCAUACAAUUAAAUAUUUAUCUGCAUAUAUUACAUUACAUACAUCAAAAUUAUAUCUGGAACAUUAUAUUUCUAAAUCCAUGAUAAAUGAUCGUACUGUUUAUUCAGGAUCCUUCGCACCCUGUAAAGACAAAUUCAUAUCAUAAUGAGAGUUGCAUUUAAAUUCUUCCUAAAACUCAGGCAAUAAAUUCUCCUGUCUUGCUCAGAUGUACAAGACCACAACAUACAUAACCAUUCACGUAAUGAUAUGAUGAAAUCUUUGCUUCUAUUCAUUAUAAGUUAUGUGUUCUUAAGUGUUGUAGAAAUACGUUUACAAAGUACUGAAUAACCAAUAUUAGAUGAUAUGAAUAUUUUAAAAGAUUAAACUGGACAUGAUUUGCUAAAACCA